AUCUUACUUUCACUCAUGUCUCCUUGCUUUUCUAAACGUACUCCUAAAGUUUCACGAGUGUCAAAUGUCUGCACUAGCCUUACAGUACUUAUAUCCAUAUGUCAAAGUCAAGUGUACCCCGCCAUACACCAACUUGACCCCUGCUGAGCACCCGUUCCAAUGACCUCAACACCUCUUUCAGACACUCCUCUCAAGCCCCCCUGCCUCAUCUUUACCGAGGGUAUAAAAGUCAAGUGGAAGACAAAUACUUUGCACUUUUACUUUUUGACAACUCAAAGGAUUUUGAAGUGUCUGGAUGUGGAUUAUUGGCACACAGCCUCAAGAUGCCCACCGGAACCGAUUCUGAAACAAUCCUCUCAGAAACCAACAAACCAGGGAAGGAAAUUAAAUCCAAUAAGAAUAAGAAGACAAAUACAGGAAACGUUUCGGUUUAUGUGCCGGGCAUUCCAGAGCCAACAAGCAGAGCUGAGCUCAUGAAGUACUGGAUGCGUUUUACUUUGGAUGAUAAAACUUCCAACAAGAUGUUGUGGAUUUCUGACAGCGGGUUUAAGGUGUUUCGUAGAACUGAGGAGGUUUGUCCCGUGCUUGAUAGACCAGAGAGAUACGAGUACUCUCCACAGGUGGUGUGCAAAGAAGGAAUUUGGAACAUGAGGGCCUACUGGGAGGUGGAGUAUUCGGGGUGGGUGGUAAUUGGAGUCGCCUAUGAAGGAGCAGGAAGGAGGGCACACUCUGGGCCGUGCGGCCUCGGAGAAAAUGAGGAGUCCUGGGGUCUGUGUUGGUCAGGAACAUGUUACCAGAUCUGGUUCAACGGUAUGAACAACGACAUAAAGGAUGUCCCGUACUGCUCCACAAUUGGAGUUUACAUCGACCAGCCUGCGGGGGUUAUAAGCUUUUAUGUUGUGACCGGUGAGGGGGCAGAGAGGGAGGUUAAGCUGUUGCAAAAAGUUAAGACUACUAUAGAGAAAAAGAUUCUUCCAGGUUUCUGGAUAGGAAUUCAAUCCUCAUGCACAAUACUGCAGAGACCAGAAUGAAUUGCUGAAGCUAAAAAACGAAUCAAAUGUGUUAAUGAUGAUGACGCUACAGUCAGGUUUUAACACUUUGACAAAUGUUAAAUGCUGCACAAAUUCCUGUAAUUCUUAUUCAAUACCUGAAACUGUUUUUAAUCGAUCUAACUUUGAGAAAUACAUUUCUUUUUUGUCUAGUACUUUUUUGUCGUAUACUCCUUUAUUGUAUACUGUAUGUCUGGUUCUAUAGCAUCAGAUUGGAUAUUUAUGCACUGAUUAUGAUUUUGAUGUAUGAAUGUUGAAUGUCUUUAU